UCCGUCGUCUUCAAGCAGCCUUCCGAGUGCAAGAGCCCCUCCAAACCCUAAAGUCCCAAUUCCUCUUCGAGACAUGGCGGCGGUAGCGGCCGUGACUCCGACCGUCUACGUCUGGCCCACGCUUCACCCCACCAGCCAUAGGAGCGCCGCAUUGAUUCCGUCGGCUCCGCUCCGUUCGUCCUUCGCUAGGUUAUUUAGAAAGCCAUCGAGUAAAUUUCGGAUAGUAUGUAUGGCUUCGUCCGCUGCCGGGAGCCCAUAUGAUAGUGGCGAUGAAAAUCCAUAUGGGGUUCUUGGUGUUAGUUCGAUAGAAGGGUUUGAUAUGGUGAAGGCGGCAUAUACAAGAAAGCGUAAGGAUGCAGAGCGUAGGGGAGAUGAAGCAUACCUUGCCAAACUAGAGAAGGCAUAUGACAGAAUCAUGAUGUCACAGCUGCAGAGUAGGAAGAAAGGUUUGACAUUUGGGUCUUUUAAGGUGUCAAAGGAUAUCAAGUAUGCAGAUAAACAGCCAAUAGUACCAUGGGGACCAAGGUAUUCCAAGUCUAGUGUGAAGGAUAUGCGCAUUAAUAUGGCUAUAUCUGCAGUCUUUAGUCUCUGGGUACUGAUCCAACAGAAUGCGGAAUGGAAGCCUUUGCAGUUUUUAGCUUUCAUUUUUUUCUAUCGAAUAUUUGAGAAGCUAAAAGCAUUUGAGCCUGCAGUAUCACCUACUCUAGAUGAAUAUGGUGAAGAUGAAGGCAAGGGACUACGCAUGGGAAAGAGGAUUCUUCGUUCCCUUGCAUUGGUUUUCGGAUGUAUUGCUGUUUCAUCCUUGGGCUACACUGGACUCCUCAACCUCAUUGAGUUUUUAGGCCGUGCCAUUCCUUUGUUUCUUUACAAUAACCAGGAGCUGCUUGUUACCCUGGCGACAUCAAUAACCCUCUACAUCAUGGCUUCCUACUACCGAUGAUUAGGCUUGCAGGGUCUCCUCUGCUAUUUUUGUAUCUCAAGAGGUACUCCAGGAUUCAUGCAAAACACAUGGAGGUUGCCACAGCACACCAGUUUUGGUUAAAGCCAAUAAGAAGUGGAUGCCAAGCCUUGUAUAUAUAUAUAUAUGUUCAAUUUUACAAGGGGUUAUAUGUGUGCGCUUGGGUGCUUGACAUGUAGUUUGCAUUAGUACUCCUUGCAGCUUCGAUAUUUAAGCCAGCGUUUCGUAUUUGUGGUUCAUUUCGUUUUCGUUAAGUACUUUGAGGAAACUUAUGGAGGAGGGAUGUCAUGAAAGGUGCAGUAUUUAUUCUCUUCUGUGUCUUGCAUGUGAUUCAACAAUCAACCUGGGAAUGAAGAGUCUGAAAGGUAUAGAUAUAUGUAUGCUCCUUAGUUGACAGUUGGACAUUGUUGAACAGAACACAUUUUAUUACACGUCCUUGUUCAAGCGA